GACAGUUGGUUGUUUUGUUGUUGUUUUUAUAACAAAAUUGUAAAAUGAAAUACUUACUCUAAAUGAAAAAUAGCAACAUCACAUUUUGAAUGAAAAGAAGCUUUAAAUUCUUGCGCGGUAAAAUGUGAAACAUUUCCUUAACAUUUUGCAUAAUACUACUACUCAUGAGGGAGAGAGCUAAUUACAGAAAACUGUUGAACAUGCAAAUCUAUCAUCAAUGUAAUCUUCUAGACGGUAUGUUAUGAGUGCCACAUCUGUUCCUCUUAAUCAUUAAAGUUGGCACCAAGCUGCUGUCAGACAUUAAAUACAAGCCUGCAGCACAAACACAAGUGGAGAUAAUUCUGGGAACGAAGGGUCAGGAAGGCAGAAAGGGUUUGUUUACUUUUGAUUUGCAAGUGAGCUGGACCUCAGUUUAGAUCACAUAUCUUUUUUUUUUUUUACCAUAACUGGAGGUUUACCUGGACAGUUCCCGUAGAGUUUUGUUUGUUAUAAGUGUGCAGGAAAGGUUCAAGUAGAGCAGGCAGGGACAGCCUUCGACAAUUCUCUGAACCAUCAUAUCCUGUUAAAGAGCAGAGAAUUAAAUGUUACUUCAAUGUCUCUCAGCAAAGCACCCGUUACAAGAGUGCAUAGCACAGUGUAAUGCCAACAAUGAAUGAACAAAUAUUUAAACUACUUGGCUUUCAUGAAAUGUAAAAACAUUACAAUGAAUAAAACAACUUUUUACUCUUUUUUAGAUGUAUUUAUUAAAGGAUAGAGCUUCAAUAUACAUAUUCUUAACAAUGUUUUACUCACUGUAACAUUAAAACACUCUGACAAAUUGAGGUCCUGGAGAUUUCUGCAUUCACCUACGCAAAAGAACGAAGCAGAGAAAUGGCUUGUCAAACAACCAUGGUGUCCACUUUUAGAAAUGCUCUGCCAUGAUUAUUAAAUGCAAGUUGUGAUAAAAUAAAGUCAAUAACGACACUACAUAAGGAACAACAGGAAGUGUCAUAAUAUUCUGCCUUCUUUCAAAGCUGUAUAUGUAUUCCUGGACGUCUCCUAUCUCCUACAUAAUGUGCAACCUCUCGCUGCUUCCUCAGGGUAAACAGCAGCUGUGUCCCAUCAACAAUGACACUGUUCACCUUUGACCCUUUGCUUCUGUUUUUAAGCCUGUUUUUCAAAAAAACUUUCAUUCCGAAAUUCUGCUUUUCUCCAGCUCUUCUUACUGAAAAGACAAUCGCUGCAGAGCACAGGAUGCGUGUGACCUCCUCUCUUCUCCUGGCCUCCCUGCUCCUCCUCCUGCUCCCACCCUCCCACAUGAAAAGACCCGGUAAGGGCAGAGGCCUCAAAGGAGCAAGACACAAACUCACACGGGACAGGGUGAGAGGUUUUGGGCGUCACAGCAGAUCGGGCCCCUCCAGGAUUGCGGCACCCGACUGCUCAGAGUUGACAGAAUCUGGAGACGUCUUUAUAGACUGUCAGGACCGACGCCUCACCUCCAUUCCCACCUCUCAGACGUGGUCCAAACAACCAAAGCACCUCCUUCUGGCCCGUAACAGGAUCAAAGUCCUUCGUGAUGGGGCCUUCUUUGGAUUUGAGAGUUUAACCAGUCUGGACCUGCAGCAGAAUCAUAUCUCCUUAGUGGGAGAAGGGGCCUUCCAGGGUCUGAAACGCCUUACAACCCUGCUGCUGCAGCACAACCGCCUGGGAACACUUAGCGAGGAGGCCCUCAUCUCCAUGCCAAACCUUCACUACCUACGUCUAUAUGACAAUCCCUGGAACUGUCUCUGCCCGAUGGACAGUCUCAUACGCACCCUUCAGGUCCCAAGCAACCGUAAUCUAGGAAAUCAUGCCAGGUGUGCAGAGCCCACCAGGCUAAAAGGCAUGAAGUUGAAGCAGAUUGACCCAGAGUCACUCUGUAAGGAGAAGACAGACCCAACCGGUGACCCACAGGGUGACCAAACAGAUCCCACAGACCUUGUAGUGCCCAUUCCAAUUCGCACAAAACCAGACGCCACCACAUCUUGCCAUACUUACCUUUACCCCCAAAUACGGAUGGACUGCAGAAGGCGAGGUCUAACUGAGGUGCCUACAGGUAUUCCAGAGGAUGUUGUUCAUAUCGAUCUGUCCCAUAAUUCAAUCCGUCAUCUCAAAGCCAGAGAUUUCCAAGGAGCGAGGAGCCUCAGAACCCUUAACAUCAGUCAUAACAACAUGGAGCACAUUGACACAGCUUCCCUGUCUGGGCUGCUUCACCUUCGUGAGCUGGAUCUGUCCGACAACAGCCUGCAUUUUGUCCAGUACGGAGUUCUUGAAGACCUUUACUUCUUGUUACAGCUAAAACUGGGAGAAAACCCCUGGGUGUGUGACUACAGCAUUCACUACAUGAUGUACUGGCUGCGUCUGCACCCAGGGGUCAGGUACUCUGGCCUCCUGUGUCGCUCCCCUCCUCAACAUACUGGGGAGAGUGUAGAGGAGUAUGUGCGUUCCUACAACAGAGAGUGUCCAAAGGACAGACAGCCUAGCAGAACAGAUCAAGACCAAACAGACCCUGAACUAUGGAACACAGCAAUGGAAGUGCAGGGAGAGCUGGAGGAGGAGCUGGAGCCAAGCCACUUGAGAGUACCGCAGAAAUACCGGAUCAUCAGGCUGUCCUGACUCAAGUGAAAAUGUGACCUUUAAUGUGUGACCUGAUUUGUUUCUCCUUCUUUAAUAUCUUUUCACUAUCAUAAAACUGUCUGUAUCAGAUAGAGAAAUGACUGUAUUUUUGUUUAAAAUAUAAGAGUUAUCUUAUUGACUGUGACUAAUUAUGACUAUAAGCACAUGAUCUGUGUGGGUCAAUGCAGCUAUACAGUGCCCUCCAGAAUUAUUGGCACCUCUUUAGUAAAAAUUAGCAAAACAG